ACGCGGAGUCUGGGGUCGCCAUCAUCAUCACGCGUGGUUUCCCCCCGAUGUUUAACCAGUGACGAUAUCCGCAGGCACUAGGUGUUUGCUUUACGAAGAAGUACUUGAAUUAGAUUUUCUUUUGUUUCGAUUGUCGUUUUAUUUAGGCUUUUGCCCGUGUAUUUGCUCCCUUCAUUGUCUCCGUUCGCGGGGAACUCAGAGAGGAGCCAUGUACAACGGCAUCGGUCUGACCACGCCGCGAGGCAGCGGCACCAACGGCUAUGUGCAGCGCAACCUGUCGAGCGUGCGGGCCAAGCGUCCGCGGGACGAGCGUGGCGGCGAGCGUGACGAGAAGGACCGUGAGAGGCUGGAGAGCCAGCUGAACCGUCAGCCCAACGCAGAGAUCCUAGAGCACCAGAGGAAGAGGCAGCUGGAGGUCAAGUGUGCAGAGCUGCAGGACAUGAUGGAGGAGCAGGGGUACUCAGCUGAGGAGAUUGAAGAGAAGGUGAACAGCUUCCGCAUGAUGCUGCAGGAGAAGCAGGAGCCGCCUUCAGCCCCCACCGAGAGACCACCGGCGACAGAGACUCACGCCCUGGCUGCAGCCAAUCAGCAGAAGAACGACCGGCUAAGGGCGGCGUUCGGCAUCGCCACGGACUACGUAGACGGCUCCUCCUUCCACCCGGAGCGCAAGGAGCGAGAGAAGGAGAAGAGGGAGCAGGAGAGGCUGGAGAGGGAGAAGCAACAGCAGCAGAAAUACGUGCUGGUAGAAGAGUCAGAGGGCUCGGACUCCCCGGCCCGAAAACAGAGCCGCAAGAAGAAAAGGAAGAAAAACAAGAACAGAGACAGCUCAGAGAGCCCCUCCCCCUCUCCUAGACGGGUGAAGAAAACUAAGAAGAAGAAAAAGAAAAGUGUGCGAGCCUUUACCUUUUUUCAGCUUAAUGAACAUAGACUCUGUGUUCUCUGUUCUAGGGACGGGUCAGAAGAAAAGGAUGACAAAGAGAGCUCCUCAGACGAGAAGCAGGCAUCCAAGAAGAAACGCAAGAGAAGUGAAAAUGAGACUCCGCCCCAGAGUAAGACACGGCGCCACAGGACUGGGUCCUCCAGCUCUGCUCACAGCCAAUCCCCUGCCCUGCUGAAAGAGAGGCAGCAGAACCAGCCAGUCAAGAGAGCAGAGGAGGGAAGAAAGGGGCUGUCUCCUGACAGGAGGGGGCGUGGUCGCGAGGAUGGGAGUCCACAGCGUCCGGGAGGCAGAGCGAGAUCUCCCAGGUAUCCCAGCUCCCCUGAACGUCGACCGAGGGCAGACAGGGAACGGGAAAAGGAGCGACUGAAGGACAAAGAGAAAGAAAGAGAGAAGGAGCGUGAGAAAGUGAAGCCUACGAGAAAGAGACACGACUCCUCGUCCCCCUCUCCUCCUCCUCGAACGGAACGAGAGAAAGCCAGGCGCUCCAGAAGUGGAGAGAGGGAGCGAGAGAAGGAGAUAGGAAAGGAGAGAACAAUGCUGCAGAGGAGCAGACACGACUCUUCUUCAUCCCCCUCUCCACCCCCGAAACAACCCGACACCAGGAAACAGAGGAGCGGAAAGAAGGACAAACCAGAAAGACACGACGACUCCUUGUCUCCAUCUCCAGAAAGAGAGGGGGCAAGGAGAGGAAGGAGUGGAGAGGGGGAGCGAGGAAAGGAAAGAAAUGUGUCUCCCCGAGCCCCAGCUGACAGAGAGAGGGGGAGAGGGAAGGAGAAAGAAGGAUCUCCCCCUAGUCGGAAAAGCGAUGGAGGCAAGGGUAGAAACUCAUCCCGUGACUCCACAUCCCCUGUCCCUCAAUCACCUCUCACCAACGGACGGCAGAAAGAAAGGGAGCGCGAGGCAAGGAGGGAGAAAGAGAGGAAACCGGAGGAAAGGGGUAAAGAGAGGCAGAGGGAAUUGAACAAAGAGAGGGAGAAACAAGAGGAGCGGAGGAAGCGGGAGAGCGAAAGGGAAAAGGAGAGGGAGCGAGACCGAGAUGGAGGGAGAGCGCGAGAGAGGUCUGGCAGACUGUCUUCUUCUACUCAACAACAUCCGUCUAUCGGUUUGUCUGAAGACCUCCGCGCGGAGCGAGAGUGUGAGGGGGAGAGGAGGGACAGAGAGAGGGGGGCAGUAGAGAGGGAAAGAAAAAGACAAACGGAGGAGGACAACAGGCGGGAGAACAGAGACCGUAGCCUGCUGGAAAAGGAGCGAGAGAAGGAGUUGGAGAGGGCAAAGGAAAGAGAGAAGGAGAAAGCGAAGGAGAGCAGCAGUAGCAGCGGGAGUGACAGCAACAGCUCUUCCUCAUCUUCCUCAUCCUCCUCCGGCUCAUCAUCAUCCUCCUCUUCUUCCUCAUCCUCCGAUGACGAGGGAGAGAAGAAAAAGGGAACCGUGGCGAAGAGCGGCCCAGCGAAAAAAGCCCUCCCCUCUCUCAUCUCCCCUCCCGCUGUAGGCGCCGCCUUCCAGAGGUAUCUGGCUAAUGGGAGCAGAGAGAGCGCUUCAGAGAGUGACGGACAGGGAGCUAUAGGGAGAGAGAAGGAAUGCGAGAGAACGGGAGGAGGAGGGGACAGGAUCACGCUCUCUGAAAGGGAAAACCCGCCCCCUGCUCCCCAAAAAGCAGCUGCCUCCCACCGGCCCCCUGCUGCCAAGCACUACCCCCCCACAGACGGAGAGAAGGAGCGAGGGAGGGGACAGGAGAGGUACAGCCCCACGGAGGUAGAGAGCUCCAGCCCUCCACCCUCUCCUCCCAGAAGAGGAGCCCCCCAAGGCGGAGGUGAGAGGUACUCCCCCACUGAAGUGGAAAGAGAGAGAGAGGGAGGGGUGAAGAGCCAGGCCAGGAGGGCAGAGAGGUACAGCCCCUCUGAACAGGAGAGAGAGUGGGAGAGGAGGAGGGCGCCUUCUCCGAAAGCCCCCGCAGCAGUUGUCCCACGGCCCUCCCCCCCUCGCCGCACCCCCCCACGGCAGUACCAGGACCCCCCCACUCGCUCCUCCAGCCCCCGACGACAAGCCGCCACCCGGAGAGCCUCCCCUCUGUCCCGCUCCCCGACUCGCCACUACGCCCCACGGCGGAGCCGCAGCCGGGAGCCAGAGCACAACCGAGAGAGGCAGAGAGCGAGGGAUAGAGGAGGGAGGGAUCGCUCCAGAGACAGAGGAGCCAGGAGGAGCAGGUCGAGGAGCCCCAGAAGACGCAGCCCCCUCUACAGGUCCCGGCGAUCCCACUCUCCCAUUCGACAAAGGAGAAGCAGCCACUCGCUAUCCAGAGAAAGGCAGAGAGACCAGGAGAGAGAGAAGAAUAGAGAGCUGGAGAGAGCGAGGGGAAAAGAGCGGGAACGUGAAAAAGAGCAAGAUAGGCGAGAGCGCCAACCUCUUAAAGAGGUCCCCCCGCCCCGUCGCUCUGCCUCGUCCUCUUCCGGUUCUUCUUCCUCAUCCCCCUCUCCGGCCCGAGAGAGGAAGGAGACGACUGCAGAAAAAGGGAUGAAACCAACGGCAGAGAAAGAUGGAAGAAGUGAUAGAGAGGAGCGAGAGAAAGGGGGAGACAGAGGAAGGAAGGCUCGUUCCAUCCCCUCACCGCUCCCCUCCAAGGAGACCAGUCCCCUUCCCAGCCAAUCAGAAAUCAGAGCCCACCCCAAAGAAAUACAGCACUCUGACCCUCCCCGCUCCAGGUCGCCCCAGGCCCUCAGUCAUUCAGAGACCAGAGUCUCUCUACGAGGCACCUCGAGGACCCAAUCACCUGCGGUGCUCCCCUCGCGCGGCGCUGCCCACCCCACAGACCGACCAGUCAGGACUGAGAACUGUGUGAGCGAGAAGGGAGCCAAAGAGAACAAGAAAGGAAAGAUGGGUAGCCCCAGCUCUUCAUCAUCUUCCUCCUCCUCGUCAACUUCCUCCUCGUCUUCAUCAGACAGUUCUGACUCUGAGACAGAGCAGGGAAAAGGAGAUGCCAGGAUAGCGGCUGCCCAUAGCUCUUCCUCCUCCUCCUCAUCCUCUUCUGAAAGCGAGAAGGAAGACAAGAAAAAGAGCCUGGCGCGACCUCACAGAGUGCCAGCUGAUUCGCUGAGAGACUCUCGUUCCCUCAGCUACUCUCCACCCAGACAGAGGCGACCUGCACAUUCCCCACCCACCCGCAGGAGUGGCAGCAGACAGUCCCCAAGCCGAUCUCCAAGCAGUAGGAGAAGAAAAUGAUCCUUCACUCUGAAAUGUAACUGCCACUUUCCCUCCCCCUCGAUCCUCAGGUUUUUCCCAAACACUUCUGGCCUGGUUUGAACUGGACUGUACCAUUUGGAUAUUAAAGGGAGGGGUAGUUGAGGACAUUUGAUCUGUGAAUGACUGAGUGAAUUAAGCUUUGUUGUUGAUUCUGUGGCAUGAGGAUAGCGCCACAGGAAAAGAAGGUAGGCAGAAUUUGAAACCCAACAGAGACCACGAGGUCUGCUUUUAGUCAAGGGUUUCUGUACAUUUUGUUUUAUGCUGUACUGUAAGGAAGAAAUGUAACUAAAUGGUUGGUGAAGGAGAGUCCGUUACAGAAAAGUUAAGCACAGUAACAUCUGUGCAGACCCAUACAGACUGGAGCGAAGCAUUACAGACUCAAAACACACACAGCGUGUGCACACGCACACAGUCCUAUUAAAUUAUCUAAAAACAACAAAGUAACGUUCACUGCGCUUUUUCUGCCCCUCUGUAUUUGCGCGUUAUUCUACAUGUAGAUAUGACCCAUCUGUAUUUUGGUUAUCGCCGAAUGGAUUACGUGCUGUUUCCAUGUAUGUUGAUUAGAAACUGCAACUCUUGGUUUGUUUCUCUUUGUGAAAAUAAUGAAUGAUAAUAAAAAGUUGUAUCUUCA